GCACUCCUUUGCCAUUGGGACCACAGGAGGCUACAAAGAACUGAAGAGCUAAGAUGUCGCGGAGUUGGUACUUGUGGGUUGCAGUUUGGGCCAUUUUGGCUGUAGCUACCGCUCAGCGCAGGGCCUUUGGCAGGAACAACAGGUGGGAACAAAACUGGAGCCAGAAGCAUUCAGCCUUCAAGACUUGGAAUUCACGACUGUACCCCAAGUGGAGAGAGGGAGAUGCCAGGCAGCACAAUUGCUGGCGAGGUGGUGAUGUAACAUUUGAUAUCAGCAAUGAUGCCCCAACCAUAACAGGUGCCAAAGCCACAUUCAGCAUUGUUGUACGCUUCCCUGGAAAUCAGACGGUGCUGCCGGAUGGACGCAUUGUCUGGAGCCAAAACUGUACCAUCAAUGGUACCACCCAUGUGACAGAAGGGGAACCUGUUUUCCCGGAUCAAGAUGCAGAAGCAUCCGACUGUUUCUUUCCGGAUGGGCAGCCUUUCUCCCCAAGUGACCGUGGGAAACGUGGCAAGUUUGUCUAUGUCUGGCAGACAUGGGGACGUUACUGGCAAAUAGUAGAUGGUUCCUCUUCCCUACUGACCAUUGACACGAGUGAUGUACCCCUCGGCUCCUAUACCAUGGAAGUGGAAGUCUAUCACUAUCGGGGGCGUGAGAAAUUCAUCCCUAUAGGUAGCACUUCAUCACAAUUCAGCAUCACUGACCAGAUCCCAUUCAUCGUGGACAUUGCACAAGUGCUCGAUGUAGACGGGGCUGAUGGCCGCUUUGUUCGCAACCGGGCAAUCUCCUUUGGUGUGAGGCUCCAUGAUCCAAGUCAAUACCUACGUGAUGCUGACAUCUCCUACUCCUGGGAUUUUGGUGAUGAGAGCGGGACCCUGAUUUCUCGGGCAGCCAUGGUUACCCAUACCUACCUCGCUGCGGGUACCUUCAGCCCUCGUGUGGUGCUCCAGGCUGCCAUCCCUCUGGCCUCUUGUGGAAGCACUUCAGAGGAGCCCCUCAUCAUCCCCACAACAGCUCUGGGUAGCACCACUGGUCAGGCUACCAUCCCCGUGACAGCUCCAAGUGCCACCACAGCCCAAGACCCCAGUGCCUUGCCCACAGGCACCAGCAUCCCUGGGACAAGCUCUGAGGGUGUUCAAACCUCUGCACUAACCUUUGUGACUUCAGCACUCCCAACUGAACAGCCACCGGUAUCUACAACCCAAGAAGCGGGUUCUUUGGCAACAGCAGCAGCAGCUGCCACUAUAGUCAGUGCUUUGCCAGAAGAAGCAGAUUUAGCUGUUGCAUCUGAAGAUCCUGCAACUGUUGUGUCUGCCACUUUGGAUGAAGGGGCUGCAGGCACUGAGGACCCUUCAGCUGUGACUACUGCCAUCCCCACAUCUCUCCCAGGCACCAUGGCACCAGCAAUAGCAUCCACUGCAGUAUCUGCAUCUUUGCCAAGCACUGUAGAGUCUGCAUCUUCAGUUACAGUGGCACUUGAGGAUGACCCAGACACUCUGGCACCCAUAGUUUUGUCUCCAGCAACAUCUGCAGCUGUGCUUCCUGGAGCAUUGACAACACUCUCUAGUCUGACUGACAUCCCUGUCUCUCCAGCAGCAGAUGCCACUGAAGACACAGCAACCAUCAAUCUGUCUGCAUCUGUCAUGCCUGAAACUGGAACAAUUGCAACCGAAGUUGUCCAGAUUGUGGUAAAACGCCAGGCACCAGCUGGCUGCCUGCUCUACCGUUAUGGGACCUUCGCCACUGAUCUGGACAUUGUCCAGGGCAUUGAAAGUGUGGAAAUUGUGCAAGUGGUACCACUGGUAUCAGCUGUUUCUGAAAACACGGUAGACCUCACUGUGACCUGCCAAGGAAGCCUUCCUGAUGAAGUCUGCACAACUGUUUCUGACCCUGAGUGCUUGAUGGCCCAGGAGACAGUGUGCAGCCCUGUCCAGCCUAGCCCUGACUGUCAGCUCGUUUUGCGCCAGGCCUUCAAUGAGUCUGGCCUCUACUGUGUCAACAUCUCUCUGGCUAAUGCCAAUAGCCUGGCUAUUGCUAGCACCCAAGUCAGCAUCCAAGCAGGAAGAAGUUCAGCCUCAGCUCAGAUAACACUAGUAUUUGGAGCAGUACUUGUUGCUGCUGCUUUGGGGGCUGUUGCCUAUACCUACAGACGAGUCAAAUAUAUCCCCCUACGUGCUGUGAUGUCUGCCGGAACCUCUCCCAGGAGCUGGUUGCCCGACCGUACUGCUGUACGCCUCUUCCUACGCCAGGCUUUUGGGCAUGGGGCCAGUGGGGAAAGCAGCCCACUGCUGAGUGGGAAUGUUAUCUAAACAUUGAGAUGAACGUCAAGGGACCCAUCAAGUCUUACCAACAACUGACCCAAUGUCUCAUGGAGCCCACACUGAGAAAAAGGAAAACAUCCUUCCUUUGCAAUCCUUCCCACUGCUAAAUUGACCUCCCCUGCAUUCCUGUUCUUUUCAUCCAAUUUCCAGCUAAGUAAAAAACAUGACUCCUU